CAGUACAUUGUAGUAGCUGUCGUUUUAUUUGGUGCUCCAAGUUUGGCCUGAAUAAUACAAAUAGGGCAGGUCAGGGCAAGGUGGAGAGGCUGACUUCCUUCCUUUAGGGCUCACUGCGAAGACCUCCGAUCCGUGAAGCUUUGGCCAGGCGUCCUGAGCUGAGCAAGGGUGGCUGUACCCUUUCAGUUACAAAGAUCUGUAUCGACUCACUAACGAUCGGUAUCGAGUCGCCAAAAAAUAUUGAAGAUAUGGACGGUGGGGGACUGUCAGAGCGGGUGGCGGAUUCCCCCGCUCGCUUAUCGAAUGGCCUUCAGUCGUUAGGCGCAGCAGCUGCACCAGCUCCCAAGCCCAAGCCACCGGUGCGAGCAAAGCCAGCGAUGGCCAACUCUUCUGAAUCUUCGAGCAAGCCAGUGGUUCGUCGCAAGCCAGCAGCGGGAGCAGAGAAAGAACAACAGACGCAGCAACGACAAGAAGAUGAGCAGAAGCGAAAAUCAGCAACACUACCAGCAGAUCAAACCCUCAAAGCCGAAUUGGACAGCGAACUGCUACUAGCUCGCCAACAACACGGCGACGACAUGCCAGCCCUAAGACCUAGAGCGCACACGGCUGACAAUCCGUCAACGCCACCACGACCGCGUCGUCAGCUCGCUAGCGCUACGGGAGUGGAGCGCCAGCAGCGCAGCUCGCUAGACGACCAGCUCAGCGCGCUGGAGAGCGAGAGCAAAUGGGCCAGCGGCAGUCAAGACGAAACGUCGACAGCAGCCGCAGCAUCUGUACUGUCUGUGGACGGAGCUCGGGCGCGUAGCAAUUCGAAAUUGUCUUUUCGGUCUCGGAGCGAGUCGACGGCCAAGUUGGCGGACCAAGCAGCUAUGGAGGAGAUGAGGACUUGGUUCUCGCAGCUAGGACUGCCGCAGUACGCCGACUCGUUCAUUGUGAAUGGCUACGAUGACCUAUCAAUGUUGGGCAUGCUGGAUGACGCGGACUUGCAGUUGUGCGGUGUACACGACGUCGCGCACCGCAAGCUCAUUCUGCACGCAGCCGCAGAGACAAGCUGUACCGACCCAGAUCAAGCGGAGGACGAGUGGGAGAGGCCGUCCUCACCGCAGGAAGUUGAGGUGCGUAUCCGCGACCGUAUGGUGACGUCUGAGGACGUGGACGCUCGUGCAAGGGAGUCCCUCGCGCGCAAUUCCCUGUCGCAGAUUGUGGAGCAGCUGUGUACGCUCGGCGGAAUAACGCCGAUGACGAUACCGUCACCGCUGGCUACUGAAUCCACUCUCGGCACGAAAGAAAAUGCCAUCAUGCCACCUACACCACUUGCGUCUCAUCAAGCACCAGAACUGACAGGAGAUGCUGAUAUUGAUCUGGAUGACUUGCUGUACGAUCUGGUCAAGUUUAAUCCGCAACACGCCAUCGACACCGCCGCCGUCCCAACACCUCCGGAAUCGCCGCAACCACCGACUAAGGAUGCAUCCAACAAACCGCGAGGCUCCCUGCCCACCAGCAGUGCCAGCACAUCGCGACUACCGGAUUCGUCUUCGUCCUCCUCUCUCUCCUCAUCCGCCUCAUCCACGUUAGCCUCCUCGUCAGCGUCAUCGUCAGCAGUGGGCAACAACCCGACGACGUCAUCGGGAGCCACGGCAACGGGACUUGAGCGGAAGACCUCGCUCCCAGUCAUGCUGAGCCAGGCACACAACGACGACGACAAGCAGAUGAUUGCUUCAAUGUGGCAGACGCUGGAGUCGGCAUCCCAGGUACAGGACGUCAAACAACCCAGCACCGUGCACACCCCGGCUGAAGCACAACGGGCAACCUUGGAGGUCGAGCAAAAGAUCAAGAAGCUGAAGGAGCAGCUGGAAGGCGAAGGCAUUUGGACGGAGGAGGAGAUAGGUCAGAAAGUGAAAGCCGAGAAGCUGCGUAUAGCCAUGUUGCACAUCAAGGAGGCAAGAGUUGCACAGGGGCGCAUCCACGCGUAUGACGAGGACGGAACAGAGCGCAGUCUGGUGGCAAACGAGAAAACAGACGCUUGGACAGCCGCGCAUCAGCUAGCCAUCAAAGCUGAAGUGGACCUGCAGAAACCCUGGACGCUGAUUGAACGAGACGAGGAGUUCAAUUUAGAGCGCACGCUAGAGGAUCAUGAACAAGUGUACCUAAUCUCGUCGCGAUGGCCGAGGACCGGGAAGCGGCGGUUCAUCUUCAAAAUCGACUUCAAGAAGAACGACCUGUUUGAGAAUCCAGAGGCGUAUUUCCCCGCACAUAUCAAGGUAGCCGGUAUGUAUCUGCAGAGGCCACAGGAGAGGGUGGAGAAGGCACGCAAGACCUUUCUCAAGGACUACUUCACCGGCAUAGUGCGUAUUCCGGAGCUGGAAACCCAGUGCUACCUGCGAGAGAAGCUCAAGUCCUGGAAGAAGUAUAACUGCGUGGUGCGAUCCUCGGGCCUCUACUACUCCAAGUCGCGGGGAAAGACAUCCGAUUCAAAGAAUCUUCUCUGCUACACCAAGUUCAGCGCUACCGACAUCUUCAGCGCCAACAACUACAAGAAGAUGUUCAAGGCGCCCUCCGAGCACGUUCUAGCCCUCAGACCUGAAACCGGUGCAUGUGCUAACGGCAUGCUGAAGUGCAUUGCUUUUGAGUCACGCACGGACUUGCUGAGCUGGAAGGCCGCCAUGCGCUGUGCCAAGUACGGCCUGAAGCUACGUGAAGAUUAUGAGCUGUACCAGCGACGGCAGAUGGUCAUUAACCGAAUGUUCAGCAGCCCUAGUUCGUCCAACAGUGAACUCCGCUCGCCCCCUCUAUCGCGCGGUGGCACCAUCCGUCUAAUACCGAUCAAGCGCUCGGACAAUGACGUUGACGCACGGCAGCAGAACAUCGCCGCAGAUGCACACGAACAGACGAGCAAUCCGGGUUCGGCACAGUCCACCAGCACGGCAGCAUCGAUUGGGCAGGACGAGUUCGUCUAUCCAACGCCAAAGCAGUCUGCUGACAGCAUGCUGCACGAAAGCAGUCCCGGUACGACGACAGGAAACGAGGGUGGUGCGAGUGAAAUCGACGGUGGUGGCGGUGCGGAGGAGCUGCCGCCCACUCAGCCCAAGCUCAUCUCAGCCAGCCUACCACCUGCACCGGCAUCCUUGACGAUGACGUCAUCAACACGAUCGGUGACAUCAUCACUGUCCCAGUUCCCCGAUGACAGCACUGCAGAAUAUUGGGAAGAUGCGACGCCGUACGACUCUCGGCCUGCCAUGCCAGUCCCAGGAUUGUCAGCAACUGCACAGCCACCACCGCCACCACCAGCAGCAGACAUACGUGGACCGACUAAAUCAGCGUCGUCCUCAUCGCUGGACACGAGUCAAGCAGCACCUCUGGCAGAGCGGCACGGCGGUGGCGGCGUACAAUUUAGCAAUGUUUCGUCGACGUUGCCACCCCCACCGCCGCCGAUGACAACCUCCGACAUACAGUCAUCACACUUCAGCUAUGCAGCCAGCAGUAAUGGCACCAUGAAUCGCGAUUCUCCCGACCUGCCCCCUCCGCCACCGGUCGAAGCUCUCUCGGAAGCGGCGGCGGUGGCCGCACCCCCGCCAAGCGCUGCCAAACCGCCGCCGAUUGUGCCGAAAAAGCGGCCCGACGCUGCGCCAAAGCCGUCGCCGACCAGCAAUGCUGCCCUGCGUACCCCGCCGCCACCGCGUAAGCAAGCAUCCCCGUCACCGCAUGCUGCACAGAGGGCCCCGGCAGCGUUGCCCAGUAUGGGGACAGCAGCACCAGCACCAGUAGCAGCAGCACAACACGCCGAUAACGGCAUGACGGCGGCAGCGAUGUUGUCUGCAGACGGCGGUGGCGGUGCUGUCGGUGGUGGUGGUGGUGUUUCGACAAUGUCCAUCAAGCAGCGUAGCCACGCGCUGGUCGGCGUCAUCGGGCGACGUCCGCCAAUGCCGACCCCCACCUCGCAGAACAGCACUCAACAGACGCAUCAACAGGACACGUCGCCAAUGCACCAGCUGCCCAGACAACAACCAUCGCCGCCGCAAGCGCUGCGGCAAGCUGCUCCCGCCGCGCAACACCAGCAGCAACAUGCAUCCCAAGCAGCGUACGCACAAGAAACAGCAGCGUCGCCAUUGCCACCCUCCCAGCUACGCGCCGGAAACAACGAUGCCGGCAGCAGCAGCACUCCACUGCCACAGCCGCCACCCUCCUCGAUCCCAUCUCACCAUCACCGUCCACCGGCGAUACACCCAACACAACAACAACAACAGCAGCCACCACCUCCACUACUAGCAAGUCGAGGGUCUCCGUCUCUGCCAGCAACAGGAGCAGGCAUGUCUCACAGCAUGAGCCAAUCACACUCUGCCCACGACCACAUCGGAAGCAAUGCGACAGGCACUGCUGCUGCUGUCAUGACGACGGAACGCCGAAGUCCACAAUUAGCACCGGCAGCAGCCAGUGCAGCGGCCAGUCCGCCGAUUGUGCCCAGAAAGCAGGGAACCGUACUAAGCAGCUCCGGCGGUGCUGCUCCUGCUCCUGCUGCUACGAGUGGUGGCGGCAUCGCUCUAUCGCAUCCCCCACCGCCCGUCGUGGCAGCACCCAACGUGCCGAUGCCAUCGGCGGCCGCGGCAUCGGCUGCCCGUCACCACGGCGACGUUCGAAGCAGCGGCGGCAUGCCACCACCAGGGCAGCCCCCGCCGCCCGUGUCGCUCUCGUCGUUCGGUCCCAGCGCUCUCCCACAGCCGUUUGCCCAGCACACGUUUGCCCAGGCGCAGCCCAUGCCCGUCGGCGCGCAUGGUUACGACCAGCCAACGGCACGCCAAGAGAACAGCACUGCAGUGGCACACGCCAGUGAGCCAUGGUUCCACGGACCGGUGACCCGUGCCGAGGCAGAGUCACUGCUCCGGGGGGCAGGAGGCCAGAACGGGCUCUAUUUGAUACGGGAGAGCUCUAUGGUACCCGGCAGCUACGUGAUGACAAUGAUGGGUCACGGACGCAUCCACAACUUCCACAUUGAGUGUUUCUCUGACGGCCAUAGCAUGGCGUACGGCAUAGAUAACAGUCCACGGUUCCCCGCGCUCUCCAUGCUCAUCGACCACUUCCGCCAGAACUCGCACCGUCUGCCGUGCCCUCUCUCCUACUACGUCAGCCGGGCUUGAGUCCGCCCAUUGCUUCGCUAUCCGCCUUUCCGAUCAUAGUCAACCAUAGUGCAACCAAAUCUGGAAUGCACGCUGCACAGAUCAUCCAUAGCCGGAAGGUACACUGCCCAAAUCACCUGUAACUGGAAGGUACACCGCUCAGAUCAUCCAAAACUGGAAGGUGGCACCGCGCAGAUCAUCCAAAAACUGGAAGGUGGCACCGCACAGAUCAUCCAUAGCCGGAAGGUACACUGCACAAAUCACCUGUAACCGGAAGGUGCACCACGCAGAUCAUCCAAAACUGGCAGGAUCUGUGUGGUGGCCGCCCUUUCCUACCAUGCUAGGAGGGCUUGAGACUAAUUUUAGUCAUAGUGUUAGUUUGCAGUAAGUGCUCAAAGAGUAGACAUCCGCAUUCACCAUCCCAUAGUGUUAGCUUAUGUGUCUUACUUGAUACAACGUUAGUACUGUACAAUGCAAAGGGAGUAGUAAAAUACCUACUCCCUGGUCAUAGCCAUCCUCAAAAGUACGAAGUGGCUGCUGUCACAUGACUGAGGUGGAGAAUGGUGGCAGCCCUGGUAACCAAUGGUUGCGCUAUGACGACCGAAAAGCGAUUCGUUCGCAGCUUUUCGGCACACAGAAAGAGCCGCGGGAGCACGACCGAGCGGUACUCAUCGUUGCUAUGGCGAUGCUGGCUGUAGUCACCGUGAUGCUCCUAGAAACACUUGACCUUGCUUGUUUGUUGGUUUGUUUGUAAAAUAAAUCAAAAACAAACAAACAGAACCUUACUAAUGCUCGCACCUGUGAGGCUCUUGUACUAUGCUUGCUAUUUUGCAUCGUUUUUCUCGUGUGUGUUUUUUGCUUGCUUCACUUCAAGUCUCCAUGUUCUCUCCUCUUGAUCAGACUUAGAGAAGCUAGCGUACAGAUAAAAAAAAUUAAAUUUUACAAAACAAAUCAGAACCUAUCCCAAGUAAAAGCCACACUAUCUCUGCCCCCCCCCCCCGGACUCUAUCCAGUUUUUACUCAUCGCCCGCCAAGGCUACAGCGGGUGAAUUAUGAAGGUUUUAUUCGGCAUAGCCACACGGUGUGACGCCGGGAAUCAAUUUCAGAAAAGAGCAAUAUUCAGUCAAUCCUCAAUUCUAACUUUUAAGAUCUGCCCUUCCUCUUGCUGCAGAUCCUGGCAUCGUCCUUUCGACGAUGUUCCAGCUACCUUCUUGCAUGCGUAUCGUAUUGAUUUUGUUCAUCCAGCUUUUUUUUGUGCUUUGCUUCAUAUCACUGCCACAGUAAAUAAUUAGUAUCCGCUUGUACAGUUUAUUACAAGUAUUAUUA